ACCAAUCCAAACCCCGAGUAUAGCCACUCCAUCACGUGACAAUAUACACAUAGAGCCAAACACCGAUUAGGACGUUGGCCGUAUAGGUACCAAAAGACAUGCUGCAAUCGCCAAGAGGGUCAAGUUUAAAGUCACGAGAUACUUCAGAUAUAAUGUAUUAUGAUUCAUAAAGACCAAAUAUAUAAUAUAUAUUAGAGUACUAUUAUCUGUAAUAUAAUUCCUUGUAGUUGUUAGUUCACCAACGUUUUGAAGGAACAUACCGCCUCCAUCUUCAUGGUUGAAAAGUGAUUGAAGUAGCUGACUCCACUCCUUUGAUCAAACAGGAAGUUUUUCAAAGCAUUCUUGAAUCUGUAUAGUGCUGGUGUCUCCUUAAUGUAAUACGCAGGCUUAGAGACCCCACCUACACAUGAUUCAUCAUCACUCUAGAUAAGAAUGAAGAAUUUGUCAUUAGUAGAGAUAAGCUGAUAAGCUACAUCUAGGGUGUGGAGAGAUACAUACAGUGAACACAGUUGUUCAGCAUACAAAAUCACAUACUUCAUUAACAGAAACUGAAAAAUGGGCAUACUACAUAAAACUAUUGUUUACUCAGCUGUUAUAUUUGGUGUUUUGAGUCUUCUUUUUGAGGAAGUGGAUGCAAGGAGAAAGAUUCUUCAAGGAAGGAAAACCAUUACAAGGACAUAUUAUAAAGCAAAUGCUGUGCCAGCAUGGGCCAUUGUGGUGAUUGUGUCUUGCUGUAUGAUAAUUUUUGGUGGGAUCCUGUAUGUCAUCAUGAAGAAGGUAUUUCUUGGUAGUGACAACAGCAGCUCUGGUGAUGCCACAACAUACCACACUGACGAUGAAGUGUAAGGUUUCAAUGGCAAAUGAAUCUGACUCAUGGAGAGGGAAAAGUGAAGCUGGUAAUAUUUCAGUGUAACAAAUGACACAACAUAUCAGAACCAGAAACUAAUGCCAUCUCAACAGUACUAUCUUCUGAUAACCUCAACCUCAAGAUCAUCGGCAUAGGAACUGUAGCAUUAUACUUGGCCAGUGCCUUCCUCCUUUCAUAUCCAGUACUCACAAGCACUGGAUGACACUUUUGAAGGUUCUUGACAAUAUAUAUAUAGGUUUGAAAUAAUGAGGGAAUGCUGAACUACAACUAUGCACUUUCACUUACCAAUAUUCAGUUUCUAAUCCUUACUUUUUUUUAAGAAGAAAUAUAAGAGGACGUGCAGUAUCAGCAAGAAAAAACAUAUUCUGGUAUACAUGAUCAUCUAAUGCUGAUACCCUAAGAUCCAGUUCAUUUUGGAAAUCCCUAUUUCAUACACCAGCAUAGUAUUCACAGAGAAGACUCAUGGAAAACAAAGAAAAUGAUCAGGCUGACAGUGCUCUGCUCAAAAUUAAAACUGACUCCUCUCAAAUGCAGUUAGGCAUGUUAGCCUUUAACUUACAGUCUAAAAGUUCCGUCAUUGUUGUUUCAUGGGCAUAAAACUUUUAUUUUGUUACACAUUAUUUAGAAAGGGCAACAUGUUAAAGAAAAAUAUCCUACAUUAUAUUUCUACUAUAAAUAAAAGCUUUGCUGUGUGGGGCAUGAAAGCAGUUUCUUUUACACCACUCUGUACAUGGCUGAAUUAAACUCUGAGGAACAUGAACCUUCUGUGAUGUGACGUUAUACAGUGUUCCUCCAAAACACUGGUAAACUUCUACCACAAUAUAUAGCCACACAGCCCAGAAAAGUCCUCUUCAUAGUCAAUGCCUUGAGGACCUGAAAUCUUUACAUCACUUAAUUGAAAUCUGAUGCUAUGCCUAUCAAACAUAUUAUUUUAUGGUAAACAUUAUAUAACUUAUAUUUCACAUUUAAUAUUUCAACUGAUAAAUUACACUUUAACUUUUAUACAAUUACAGAUUACAGGAAUGGUAAUAAGAAAAAUGUAUCAGUGAAAUAAAGUUUUUAAUGUAAAAUAAUUUGCACUGUUUCAGUUUAAUGGAAUUUGAGAAAAUGAAAUGUUGAUACAGAGAUUUCAAGGUACAAUUUACACAUGCAAUACAUAUUCAAAGAAGAAAGUUGUAAGGUAAUAAGCACACUGGAUUAAUCAUAAAAGAAACAAAAGGCUAGAUAAAUUACAAGACUGAGUUCACAAGGACAAAAAUUGAAGUUACCAAAAAUUCGGCAUAACACUGGACUUAUUCAAUGAAGAAGCGACAGCAGCAUGACGACUUUUGUUGCCCAAUUUAUCAUUGCAAUAUUCUGAUAUGCAAAUCAUUUCACUGCUUUGUUCCCUGGAAAAACCAAGUCAAUAAAUUAUCUCCAAUUGAAAAAAUGACAUGUAGUCCAAUUUUUACAACUUCACAAAAUGUAAUGACUUACUUAUAGUCCAAUCAUCACACUUAUACUAAACAGGAAUGAACAUGCUGUUACAAAAAAUAAAAUCUGACUUCUGAACAGAAUGCCUCUUUACUCUUCGCUUGUGCCAGGUGUGGUGCUGAUGGAAUGCAGAAUGCUUAUUAAACCUAUCACAAGCAACAAAUGUACUCCCAUUUCCAUCCCAUCAUGACUAACCUACAGAUAUUAAUUAUCCAUUACACCUGCUACUUUAAAAAAAUGCAUCCAUUAAAACACAUUAAAUCUAUUCUACAUUCAUGUUAACAUAAGCUACUGUAUUUUAGAUAAAACGACCAUGAAAACAUGAACUCAGAACAAGCUAUUUUUCAUUCGGAUAAAACUGUCAGUUGUGAAAAAAUAUAACAGCCAGCUAAAGUAAUUAAAAAGUCUUUACAAAACAAUUGUAAGCAAAACUUUUUUAAGUAAAUAUAUAACCUAGUGUAACAGCAACCACUGGGAAGACCAAG